AUAACUUCAAAUCACUUUAUCGAUUUAGUCGCGAAAAUGUCCAAUGGUUAUCUGAUUAUUUUAUUAAUGACCGAGAAGACACAAGAGGAGGUGGGUUAGGUAAUUUUCAGAAAAUGAAAAUUUUCCUACGAUAUGUGGGAGAUCCAGGUUUCCAGGUAAGUAAUAUGAAGGUUGGUGUUGGUGAAGACAUCGGGGUCCAUCAAUCAACAGUUUGCAAAACUAUUUGGCGUGUUUGCCAGCAAAUAAUUUGUAAAUCUAAUGAGUGGAUUCGAUUCCCGUCUACAGAAGCUGAAUUCCGUGAGGCGAAACGUAGUUGGAGCCGCAAGGGGAAAAUUCCAAAUGCUGUUGGAGCUAUCGAUUGCACUCAUAUUAAAAUCGAGCGUCCACAUAGGCAUCCAGAUGAGUUCAUCAACAGAAAAGGAUUGGCAUCAUUCAACGUUCAAGCUACGUGUGACGCUAAUGACAUCAUCACUAGCAUCGAUUGUUCUUGGCCAGGAUCGGUUCAUGAUUCCAGGAUUUGGAAGAAUUCAGACGUCUAUAGAAUCAUGUCUGAGAAUACUUCCGGAGCACUUCUUCUGGGCGAUGAAGGAUACGCAAUUGCUCCAUGGAUAAUGACACCAUAUAGGAAUCCAGAUUCUGCGAUUCGAGAAAACUACAAUAAAAUUUUUUGCCGGGAACGCGUUGUUAUAGAGAGGGUUUUUGGUCAGGUGAAACGACGAUUUCCAUUUUUACAAAAUACUGUGCGCAUGGCUACAUAUCGAGUGCCCUCAAUGAUUCUGGCCUGUUUUGUACUGCACAAUGUUGCAAAAUACCUUCAAGAUGAGGAUUUCGAUGAUGUCGAAGAUAAUGAUGAAGUGAACGAUAUCGUUUCGGAUGGAAUUGGUGAUGCGAGAGUUCGCGGACAAAACAGACGAGAAGCAAUCGCUGUAUUUCUUAGUGGGUCGACUUCUAUUGCAGCAGAUGAGUGAAACCACAAGUAUAUUUGAAUAAUGAUAAGGAUGUAUAUAAAUGAUUCGUUUUUUUAUGUUUAGUUCUGUUAAUAUAAAUUGUUUGUUUUAAAUUGCA